AAAACACGCACAGACAAUUUCAAUUCUCUCACAAUUGACUUUGUCAAGCACUCAAAGUCUUCCUCUUCUCACUCUAUCUCUCUUUCACACGCUUGUUCGUAUUUAAGUGUUCCCUUUCACACUUUGCUUUCUGAGCUCGACUUCUCUCUGUUGGAAACAGCUUUUUGCUCCUCUCCAUGAUCACCAAGCUCCCAAAAUUGCAUUUUUCAACUUGAAUUCUUGGUGGGGUUUUCACUGGGAAUUCAAUUCCUCUUGAACCAGCUUUUCUCUUUCUGGAAUGUAUACAUUGAUGUUUUGUUAGUUUAAUAAAAAAAGGAGAAUCACCAGGGAAACAUGGCUCGUUUUGAAAAAGAUGAGGUUCCUAUGCUGUCUGAAACGCGUGCUCAACUAUCUGAUGAAUUCGUGGAUUCUAAUUUCCGGAGGCUAGUAUCUAGAACACGAAGUGCUUCAAUUUCGAUUCCCAUGGCUUCCUUGGAAUCAUAUGAGAAAGAAACUAGUCUUGUGGGACAUACCGGUCCCCUUCGUAGUGUGAGAAAAACCCCCUUUGUGCAGAUGAGUGGUCCACUGUAUGCUACGCAUGGAACUUCAAAUCUUUCAGGACAGAAUAUAGCUGCUACAGGAAACAAAGUAGUGGAAAGUAAGACAGAAAACUUUUCUACUUUCAAUGGCACAAAUGAAAAUCGUUGGGAUAAUGACUAUGACAGAAAGAAUGAACACUUAAUGAGGUCUGGGCAACUGGGAAUGUGUAAUGAUCCUUAUUGUACUACUUGCCCCACUUAUUUUAAGGCUGCUCAGCCAAGAACUAGAAAAACUUCAGCUAUAUUUGAUCCCAAGUUCCACCAUGUUUUUUAUGGGGAUGCCAAGGGUUUUGGCCGAAAAUUUUUUUCCUUCUGCUAUUCAUAUGUUCCUGGAGUUAUGAAUCCUCAUGCAAAAGUUGUACAACAAUGGAACAAGAUCUUGGCCAUUUUUUGCUUGGUGGCAAUUUUUGUUGAUCCAUUAUUUUUCUUCUUAAUAUAUGUGAAGGAGGAUGAUAAAUGUAUUGCUAUCAAUUGGACAAUGACAACAACACUUGUUUUUUUUAGAAGCAUUAAUGAUUUGAUAUAUUUCUUUAACAUUCUUCUCCAGUUUAGGCUGGCUUAUGUUUCUCCUGAGUCAAUGGUAGUAGGUGCUGGAGAUUUAGUUGACCAACCCAAGAAAAUUGCUGUUAAUUAUCUGAAGAGUUAUCUUUUUAUUGACCUAUUUGUUGUAUUUCCUCUUCCUCAGGUAAUGAUAUUAUCUGUCCUACCAAAGUACCUGGGAUCAUCUGGAGCAAAUUAUGCUAAAAAUCUUCUCCGUGCAGCAAUCCUUGUGCAGUAUUUUCCCAGAUUAUUCAGGUUUCUGCCUCUGCUAAUUGGCCAGUCUCCAACAGGAUUCAUUUUUGAGUCAGCCUGGGCAAAUUUCAUUAUAAAUCUCCUCAUUUUUAUGCUAUCUGGCCAUGUUGUUGGUUCUUUCUGGUACCUCUUUGGUCUACAGAGGGUUAAUCAAUGCUUGCGAAAUGCCUGCCAUGAUUCUAAUAUCCGUGGAUGCUCAACAUUUAUUGAUUGUGGACGUUCAUCUGGCCGUAAGUCAGAUAUAUGGAGCGAAAAUGUGAAUGCCUCUGCAUGUUUGAAUGCCAGUUCCGGUGCUUUUCAAUAUGGAGUCUAUGUAAAUGCUGUAGCACUUACUACAGAAACUAGGGUGGUCAACAAAUAUGUAUUUGCACUGUUUUGGGGCUUCCAGCAAAUCAGUACUCUGGCUGGUAAUCAAACCCCAAGCUAUUUUGUGUGGGAAGUCCUUUUUACGAUGGCCAUCAUAGGUUUGGGACUCUUACUUUUUGCGCUUCUCAUUGGAAACAUACAGAACUUUCUUCAGGCUCUUGGACGCAGGAGGCUAGAAAUGCAACUUAGAGGUCGUGAUGUUGAACAAUGGAUGAGCCACCGUCGCUUGCCAGAAGAUCUAAGAAGGAGAGUACGACAAGCUGAACGGUAUAAUUGGGCAGCAACAAGGGGUGUAAAUGAAGACACGCUUCUGGAGAAUUUACCCGAAGAUCUCCAGACAGACAUAAGACGUCAUCUCUUCGAGUUUGUUAAGAAAGUUCGCAUCUUUGCCCUGAUGGAUGAGCCUAUCUUAGAUGCAAUUUGCGAGAGACUAAAGCAAAAGACAUACAUCAAAGGAAGUAAAAUUUUGACUCAGGGUGGUCUUGUAGAGAAAAUGGUCUUUGUUGUUAGAGGGAAAUUGGAGAGCUUUGGAGAUGAUGGAACUAGUGUUCCCUUAUCUGAAGGGGAUGCUUGUGGUGAAGAACUUCUCACAUGGUAUCUUGAGCAUUCUUCUGUAACCACAGAUGGAAAAAAAGUAAGGGUUCAAGGACAGAGGUUGCUGAGUAAUAGGACUGUAAGAUGCUUAACAAAUGUAGAAGCAUUUUCACUUCGUGCCGGAGACCUUGAGGAACUCACAAUUCUUUUCACUAGAUUCUUGCGGAACCCUCAUGUUCAAGGAGCUCUAAGGUAUGUAUCACCUUAUUGGAGAUCCCUUGCAGCAAGUCGUAUUCAGGUUGCAUGGAGAUACAGAAAGAAGCGUCUAAGUCGUGCCUAUACCUGUCAAUCAGAUCAAACAUUCUGAUGUUUAGGUUGUACUCAUUAGCAACGCGUUAUCAUAGGUUGUACUCAUCAGUGUAUAUAAUAUUAAUUCUUUAGUAAUACUGCAAGAUUAGUCUUUCUUUAUAUAAUUUGAACAAUAUUUACUUUAUCUUAAAAAAAAAAUAGAGCUCCCAAUAUUAAGAGAAGAUUAAGGCCAAGAUCAAACUUUACUAAAUCAUUACUAGUACUCACAAGUUCAUUCUUCCA